AUGGCCCUAAAGUCAAAGGGGCUAUAUCAUGCCGCCCUAGCCGUCAUAGCUAAUACCCUCAAGCUGUCAGAUCACCGGCUUCCAGCAUUGGAGCAUCAUCAUCGGGCAUUGAAUCACCUGCGCGGUCUCUUGAAUAAAGCCAACUGGGCGCAAAAUGAGUUGGAUGAGAUGCUCGGUCUGGUCUUGAUGUUAUGCUGGUUUGACGGAGGAUCCUCCUUACUUCCUUGA